AUGCCUGUCGAUCCAACCGGCGAUCCCAAACAACAUGACGCCUCCGAAUUCGCCGAGGGCAUGUCCGGCUCCUGCCUGUGCGGUAGCAUCACCGUGACCAUCAAAGACUCCGAGCUCUUCACCAAGCCCCGCGGCCACCUGUGCCACUGCGCCAACUGCCGCAAAAUCGCCGGCUCCUACGUUGCCAGCAAUCUGCUCAUCGAGACGGACAAGGUGCACGUCGAGGACAAGAAUGGCACGCUCAAGACGUACGAGGACAAGGCCACGCUGAGCGGCAACUCCGUGUUUCGCAAAUUUUGCAGCGUGGAUGGCAAUCCCAUCAGCUCCGAGACCGAAUCGUACCCUGGCAAGAUUGUGCUGAAGAUGGGCAUGUAUCCGCGCAUCCCGCAGCCCGAGGCAGAAGGCUUCGGCCUCCACAAGCACGAAUGGCAAGGCGAGCAUCCCAAGAUCGACACCUACGAGAUCAAGUGGGCCGGUCCGGAGCGAAAGAAGAUGAACUGA